AUGGUCAAGAAUUGGCUGAGCAAUGAAGACUGUUCACAGGAGGUCUCACAAGCGGUCCUCAGAUUUAUUACCCUCGAGAUCCUUUCACUCACACAUACAUGCUGUCGUGAGAAUAAAGAUUUCGUUUUGGAAGGUUUUACUACCAAGAAUGCAGCAGAGAUCCAUGGAGAACGCUGGCUCUUUGAGGAUUUUGAGGUCCUGAUGUCGAUCCUCAAAGAGGAAUCCAAGCAGUCAGACGUUCUGUUCUGCGAGUUCAUUCAGGGUGACUGGAGUAUUUGGAUGCGUGAAUACCUGCAAUCAAUUCAUAAACUCCCCUUUAAGGGUUCACUCUACGCUGCACUAGCACCAGUCGUGUACCAGGGGAUGGAAUCUCUAUAUAAGACCACUCUAGACACUGAGAUGCUGGCAAACCAUACAGACUACUCCGACACGUUAAUUGCAAUGCUCACAGAAGAUCAUUCGGAUAUGGACGUCAUCACUCAUGAACCAGUCCCCAAUGGCUACAAGCGAUUCCAGUGGACAUGUUCGCAUUGCGGGCGUGUGUUUACGGAAACUGUUCGCGAGCUUACGGCCAAUGCAGCAGAAGACUGGGUGCGCCAGCUCAACCAAGCACAGGGCGCACCUUGCUCAACUAGGGGCAAAGUGUUCGACCAUUUGUCCCAGAUCUUUAAUGGCUUAUUCGAGAGCUGCCGCCAUAACCUGAGUCAAAUCACCCAAAGGGCAUCGCCACAACAAACACUCCCUACCCUUGACCAAGGCACCGACCCAGAUUCCAAUAGCCGGCCGGAUAAGAAAUACCUCUUGAUAUCUGUAUCUUCAGGAGGGCUGGAAGAGAGACUCAUCCAUGUUGAGAUUGAACCUGCGGCAACAGAUGAACAGCUCUAUACCGCCCUCUGUGAAGCGUACAACAGCGCUCGAGGGUUCUGGAAAUGGGCAAACCCCCGUACCCUCUCACGUAUUGAAUGGAAACAGUUCCACAUCUACCACAGCGACAGAAUAGCCCUCAGCACCAAGGCAGAGGAAGACUGGCCACAGUGCGGCCGCUCGGCUUGCAAGACCGGUUGUAGUAGGGCUGACGACUAUGAAUACUCUCCUCGCCCGGCAACAACCGAUCCACCAAUUCCACAAAACGCAUUGAACCAUUUCCUCCAGUACCCGGCGCACGCAGGCUUCAAGGCUUUCCAACGCAAUAUCAUACCAAAGCGUGACAACCAUUUAAUACUCGGCCCCGAUGAGUUCCUGCGUGAAGGGUGGUGUUUAGUAUUCAAAGAGACCCUUUCAUGGCGCAAGGUUGUUGCUAUACAGGGGGCCAAUGCAGCGGGCUCCUUGGCCUUCGCGCUGGUGUGGGCUAAACGCCAUGGUGAUUGGAGUAUUUCGGAUGCUUUUGCCCCGGGCUGUUGGAUGCUUGCUGUGGGUACUAUUAUUCUUACAUUGAUAUAUGACCCGGGGAGGUAA